AUGGAUGAGAGUACUAAGAAUUCCCCUUGUAAGGAGUGUGAUGGUGUGGAGGAACUGCAGCUCCAUGCUGAGGUUGAGCAUCUGCGGCAGCACCUAGCAGAGAGAGACUCGCAUAUAGUAGUUAUUGAGGCAGAGUUCAUCAAGUGUACUUCUAGAGCUAACAACCUUGAAGAACAACUUAAUACCUGGCGAGAGAAAUAUGAAAGAUUAUAUGAUUCGCACAAAAGAGUACAGAAAUUAAACCAAGUUCUUGAAGAUAAAUUACUUCAAAUGGUCGACAAGAUGAAAGGAGAAAAAAGUCAGUUAACCAAAGAUAUUGCGACUUUAUCUGUGAGACUAGCAGAGUCAAAGCAUGAGUACAGUAUGCUACAAAAAGAAAAUGAAAGAUAUAAAAAUGAUAUGAAUUUAGCAAUUCAGUUAUUGCAAUGCAAACCAGACAAUUUCGUAUCCCAUAAAUUGGACAAUCUUCCAGUAGACACUCAAGCGCGUGUGUCGCAGUACGUCAUGUCCAAGACAUCUAAACCAUCAGGUUCUUCAGCGCAGUCCAAAAAUGGUAAUGAAAUUGACACUUUUGACGCUAGUGAAUACGAGUUCAACAUCUCAGCUUCACUGAUGUCGAAAAUUUUAGAAGACAGCAUUCAAGAUACUGUUACUAAACACUGUGAUACAUGUACCUGUAACAAAACUCAAAAUAAGCCAUUCUGUUACAAUGAGAGCUAUUACUCUGUGGCUACACAAACUGUCCUUGGAGGAGAAAUGAAAAAUUCCUUGUGUUUGACUUGUAAUGCUGACAUAAAGUCUUUGCAUUCCAACCUCAGUGUAAGGAGUAGCUCACCCCAUGCUAUCAAGCUCGUUAACGACAAAGCCAUUAUACAUGGAGUAGUAAGCCCUCUGUAUAUUGUACCUCAGAACACUGAACCGGUGAAAGAAGUACAACAGCAUGUCAUUGAAAAGCCGAAAAAUAAUGGUGUGGCAGUAGAUAACGUCAAAGUAAACGAGAAAAUUUCAUUGGAUACAAUGGUACUACAAAGAGAUGCUCCUCCAAAAAAAGAAGAUCUUAAACAAUUUAGAAAGACUAACAGUAUGAAUAUGGAACCAGCAGUGCACCACAAGCUUUGUGAUCGUACCAAAAGUUCAAUUUCUAGUAAGAAAAGUAGCAUACAUAGCACAGUAAACGAAGAUUUGCUUCCUACAAAAGAUCUGUUAAAUAAUAAAGAACCUGCAGCCCAACUAAAACUCGAAAAGAUGGAGGAGAACUUCAAUCUAAGAAAUAAUUCUCGUAGUUCAAUGGAUGCAGUCAGUAGAACAUCAUCAAUUGCCAAGUCAACGGUAAGCACACAUAAAUCUAAUACCCAAGUUGGGCCAGGGCCUAGGUUUUGCCAUUUACGUAUGCAAGCCGGCUCUAAAAACAUUCUCCUUGACAAUGCUGAGCCAGAUGUACCGCCUGUUCUGUAUAGGCGCCAAAGCAAAUGCAACGAAAACUCUAUAUUUAAAGAUCUCACGGAUGACGUUGAUAAUUUUAUUGAUCUAGAUAAAACUGAUGAUGACACUAUUAAAGAAGAUAUUAAAAAUGAUAACAUUGUUGUAGAAACUACUCUGAUUGACGUCCACGUUGACAAUAAUGUCAAAGAUGCUAGUGUCAUCACCAAAAAUCAACCCAUUAAUCCCGUUCUGUUAAAUGUUUCAUCUUCCCCAUUACAACCACUCAAAACUCACACAUUUUCCAACAGCUCCGAAAACAAUAACAACAAAUCUCAAAGUAUUGAAAGUCAGUUAAAUACAUCUGAAGUUGACAAUUUACUGAAUGAUUUCAAUACAGAAAUUAAUAUUACGCCAAAUGACAUCGAUGAGAGUGACAAUUCCAAACAACUUACCGUUGUAACCCCUACCGACAGUCAUGAUAUGAAAAUAUUCAACUUUGAUCGCUAUGAACAAAAAAAAUUAACUCACCAAUAUAAUAAGCCUCUAAGGAAAAUCGAUAUGUCACAACUACAUUCUCUUGAAAACACAAAGAUUUCAAAAGAUUUACCGCCUCAAGGUGAUAUAUUAAAUAUUGAGAAAAAACCGGAAGUAACGAAGAGUUCUUUACCUCCAAUAGUUAAUGUUUAUCCAAAUCUAACGCAAACUCAUUUGAAAGUGAACGAAACUACAAAAGUUUUUACAAAUGAGCAAAGUACGAGUUCGCUAUCGAGCGAUGAUAGUGCAGCAUUAUUGCAAAAACAACAGCUACUUCGAGUUGCUGAAUGGGUUGAGAAAAAUCUUGAGCAACAAAACAGUUUUAAUGAUCCCCUAGAUGAAGAUGUCAGUUUCAAUAACAGAGCUUUACGAAGGGACAGCAAACUAUCGAGACUCACUGAAACUUUAAAUGAACUAGCUCUUAACAUGCCUCAUCCUGUCAGUAAAUAUUCGAAGUCAUAUGCUAGAGAUGAACGUACGUUAGUACACAACGUAUUGUCACAAAAUCAAGAUAAAGUAGCCCACAAAAAUCUCCCUCUCCAGAAACUUGCUAGUCACGUAGUCAAAGAGACCAUAUUUCCUGUGGAAUGCGGAGACGCGACUGUCACUGAAGUCAGCGACAACUCAAAGCAUAUUGCACAUGCUGAGGAUUACAUCUCUGUCACUGAAGAACUUAGAGCCAAAUCUGAUAAAGAAAUUACGCCUGAAGACUUGGCGCGAAUGGAGUACAAUGUAAAGAAAUUUUUGUUGAGUGGACCACACUGGGCAAAUCCAGGAUCGGCAGGGAGAAGUCGGCGCACAAGCAGUAAAACUGAGACUGAUGUAUAA